GGAUAGCAGUCCACCAUAGCUGGUCUUACUUACUUUUGUGUUUUAACCUCAUGGGCGGUUUGAUUAUUCUCUUGGACUGGGAUCGAGACUUGAAGAUGACGACAUUUGAAGGCCGUUCUCGCGAUGUCCUCGAAGUGGUCUUCCAUCCAAUCGAGCCGGACAUAUUUGCAAGCGCUUCGAUGGAUGGAACGGUCAAGAUUUGGGAUAUCGAAAAAAAGUCGGCUUCGCGAACACUGCAAGAUACUCGCAUGGAGACGGUUUGGCAGCUGAGUUCUUGCAGCGACAUGCAGAAGUCGCUGCUAGUCACAGGGGAUUACGUUGGUGAAGUGAGGAUAUGGGAUUAUGAGACAGGAGACUGCAAAGCUAAGAUUAAGAGCACUAGUUGUAAUUUUUUCCCCAUCUGCUUCUUCCAUCCGCUCUUGCCGUACAUCUUUACUACAGAUGUUAGGUCUGGAAAAGUUGAAGUCUGGAGUGAGUCGAGCUACGAGUUGUUGUCAUCCCAUCUCCUUUUCGGGCCUCAAACCGUUGUAACUGGGGUGCCAAGCAAUCGCUCAAAUCUGCUUGUUCUUGCAGGCAGUGAGGGGUCGUUUAUGGUGGUAGAGGUGAUCAUCAAAGGAAAAGAAAAGGAAAAAGUAGAAGAGAAGCUGAGGCUGCAGUCAGUUGCGCUAGCAAAUAGGGUCAAAGAGGAGCAGCGGAAGGCGUUCCAUGCCAAGGUGGAACUGGAGAAGAGAAACAAGCGGGAGGUGUCGAGUAUCAAGCAGAAAUACGCGAAACGGAUCAGCGGAUUGAGAAAAAAACAGCGAAAAAAGGAGAGAAUGCAAGCGAAGAGUGAUCGUCGGCAUGAAGAAGAUGGGGAAGCAUCAGCCGAGAGGCUAGAGAAGUUACAGCUGAAGAUUCAGGAGCUGCAAGCAGACAAAGAAGCUGUAGAUAAGAGGCUGCAGGAGUCACAGGCGCGGAUCCAGGAUCUGAGGGCAGAAAAGGAAGUGGUGGUGGAUAUGCUUGAAGGCUCGAGCCGGAGGAUUCGGGAGUGGAGGGAGACAUUGGCAAAGGAAGUGAAAAAUAGUAUGAUGCCUCAACCGACGAAAGACGCAUCCAAAGAGGAGUUGAUAGCGAUAAUUCGGCAGCUGGAGUCUGAGAGAACGACAAGGGCAGAGAAAAUCAGGAAAUCCGAGGUCCAAAUUGAGCAGCUGGAGCAAAGAUUAAAGAAGCGGGUUCGUUCAAUGGGGGGGGUACUACUAAGGGAAUACUCCUAUCAGGAAAUUGAACGCGCGGCCGAUAGCUUUGAUGUCAAGCGGAGAUAUGACAAUGGGGAUCCGAAUGGAAAUUUGUACCGGGGUAAACUCAUAUGUGAUGUUACUCCUGUUAUCGUCAAGAAGAGGGUUAUGGGCACUGGUGGGCGCCGGAUAACUGAUCGCACAACGUUCAAAAUGGAGGUUGUGGACAAGCUGGAAGCAUUAAAGCAUCCCCACUUGUUGACCCUGUUGGGGGUCUGCUAUGGCGAGAACUGCUUGGUUUACGAACAUAUGGAAAACGGAAACCUGAAGGACUGGAUAUUAUGUGCCAAGGAGAGGCCGGCGAGAAGAUGUUUGCCCUGGUAUGAUCGUUUGCGAGUUAUGGCAGAGGUUGUACGAGCUGUGAGCUUCCUUCAUUCCACCUCACUUGGUGCCGCGGGCGGGCCGAUCAUUCAUGGUGCCAUCAGGCCAGCAAACAUUUUUCUUGACGAAGAUUUUGUGGCAAAGGUUGGCGAGGUGGAUCAGGCUCUGCUCGCGCCUGAUCGGGGUGGAGGAGUCCCAAGAGGCGCGCAAGGAGAUUCUCUGCAGCUUUCCUUAGGAAAUAAUUCUCAGUACAUCGCUCCGGAGUAUUUCCGGACCGGUGUCUUUGAUGAGAAGACUGAUAUGUACGCAAUUGGGAUCACUGUUCUGGAGAUGCUCACCGGAAAGUUUUGGAAUGCACUUGGAAUACUUGAGGAUGCCAUUGGCGACGAUGCGGCUUUCAAAAAUGCUCUGGACCCCAACGCUGGCGGUUGGGAUGUCAAUCUGGCUCGGGAGGUUGCCGGCUUGGGGCUGAGUUGUGCCAGUUUAAACAGGUGCAAGAGGCCAAAGAAGAUCUUUGAAGAUGUUCUCCCAUCAUUAGAGGGAGUCGUUAAAAAGGUAGCGCUCGCUGAGUCACAGACAGUCGAUGAGGGUUCGUAGGAGAAGUGGUGGUGGGCAUCAGGCGCAUCGUCGAUCUGAGUCCGAUAGCGUCCGCCCCAACUUGUGAUGAUGUUUCUUUCCUAUGGAACCGAACUGCCAAAUGGGGCAGGGACCUAUUCAGAAGGUGAGUAAAAGUGCUUCAUGUCA